AUGGCCCCCGAUAAGAGGGACAAUAAGCGUAAGGCGCCCGCUGUAAGCGAACCGCCUACCAAAAAAACCAAGAAGGUCGAGGCCAAAUCCGCUGCGGCCCCCAAGGAUGCUGCUCCCAAGUCAAGUCUGAAGAAAAAUGAGAAGGGCACUGCGGGAAACAAGAACGCCAAGUCUGACUCGAACGCAAAGACCAAUGGCCAAUCUGUCCGCCAAGUCAAGCCUCGCAAGCGUGCUGCUGAUUUCCUGAGCGACGAUGAGAAGGAGGCUGCUCCCUCUCCCGCUGAGAAGAAGACCAGCAACAAGAAGUCUAAGACUGCCGUUUCUGCUGGAAAGAAGGCCGCCGCCAAGGGCAAGAAGGUUGAGCAAGUGGCCGCGGACUCCGACGAGGAAGAUGAGGACCUCGCCCUUGAGCCCGUCGCUUCUGACGACAGUGAGGAUGAUGACGGCGCCGAUCAAACCAACGCCAUUAUCAAGGGCUUUGAGAGCAGCGGUAGCGAGGACGAGUCUAGCGGUGACGAGGACAAGCACCCUAAGGCGGUUCCCGAAGGUCCAAAGUCCAAGAACCUUGAGAAGAAGCUUCGAAAGCAGCAAAAGAAGAACGAAGUGACCCCGGAAGAGCCUGGUGUGAUUCAACUGAGCCGCAUUCCCCACGGUUUCUACGAGCACCAAAUGCAAGCAUACUUCUCCCAGUUCGGCAACAUCACGAGACUUCGUCUCUCGCGUAACAAGCACAGCGGUGCCUCCAAGCACUAUGCUUACAUCGAGUUCGACUCCGUCUCUGUUGCCAAGAUCGUUGCCGAGACCAUGGAUAACUACCUUAUGUACGGCCAUAUCUUGAAGUGCAAAUACGUCCCUGCUGAAUCGCUUCACCCGGAAAUCUGGAAAGGCGCCAACAAACGAUACAAAGUGAUCCCGUGGAACAAGAAGGAAAAAACCAGAACCGAAAUGCCCUAUACCCCAUCCACUCUCGACAAGAAAAAGAAGAAGAUGACGACGCAGAUGAAAAGCAAGAGUCGUAAAAUUCAAGAGCGGGAUAUCGAUUACGAUUUUCCUAUGCCCAAUUUCGCUCCCGACCCCGAGCCUGUCAAGAAUAGCAAGGCUGUUGAGACUGCAGAAACUCCCGCUGAAGAGCCCGAGAAGGCUAUCGAGGCCCCUACCCCCAAAGAAGAUACCCCCAAGAAGACUAAGAAGGGCAAGAAGGUGGAGGAGACACCCAAGGAGAUUGUGACGGAGUCACCUGCCACUGAGAAGAAGAAGGCGAAGAAGCCCAGCAAGAAGACGAAGGCUUAA